GGGCACUUCUCUGUAUAUCGUCGGGUUCUCUCUCUCUAUAUAUAUAUAUAUAUAUAUAUAUUAUCAUCUCUGUUUGAUUUGGCUAUCUAAUUCUGGGUUUUGGAAUCUUUUGUUGUUUUCUUUUACAUGUGUUUUCUGCUGCCUUACCUCUGUAUAUAUGAUCUUGAAACAGGAGAUAAUGGCUCGUUACUGCGGGGGAUCUCUGAUCUUGUUCUUUGUUCUUGUUCUGGUCAUAUUAAGCAUAUCGCCGAGCCAAGGCUUUCUAGGGACCGAGAAAAAGAUCAAAUCUCAAGUCUUUUUCUCACCAAAACUUGUGAUGAAUCCUGGAUCAGUUGCAGAUUCUUACUUAUUCGACAUCGAUUUCCCAAGAGGGCAUAUCGGUCUCAAAGCUUUCGAUGCUGAAGUGGUUGACGAAGCAGGCAAACCCGUCCCUCUUCACGAGACAUAUCUUCACCAUUGGGUUGUCCAACCUUACUAUGUUCGUAAAGGUUCUAAGCUUCCACAGCCAGAAAUGUUUAGGAAUCCGGAAAGCAAUCUUGAUCCUAUAUCAGAUAUUAUUCUUGUGAAAAAUGGAGGCUUGUGCACGAGUGUAGGACUCAGACAUUUCUUUGGUUUAGGAUCAGAAACCCGCCAAACCUCGACGUAUCUUCCUGAUCCUUACGCAAUUGAAAUUGGUAAUCCUGAGGAAACACCUGAUGGAUAUGAUGAAUUCAAAUGGCUUCUUAACAUUCACGCCAUAGACACCAGAGGUGUGGAAGAUAAGACAGGAUGCAUAGAAUGUCUGUGUCAUCUGUAUAAUGUUACCAUUGAUGAUUACAAAGGAGGUUUAUACUGCUGCUACGAUAAGUCUCAAUGUCGGGUCAAAAGCGGAUUUGACAAUGGGGAGAAAACAAGAAGUCUUUAUUUCAAGUAUACCGUGAGAUGGGUUGAUUGGGACAGCUCGGUUUUGCCCGCUAAGGUUUAUAUUCUAGAUGUUACAGAUUCUUGGAAAAGAUCAGAGGGAUCAAUAGAUAGCCAAGAACAUAUUUGCCAUUUGGAAUACGAGGUCAAACCGUGCAAAACCAAUGGCGAUGAAUGCAUUGACGUUAAGAAAAAGAGCUUAAUGAUGCCAUUUAAUGGGUAUAUAGUCUACGCCACAGCUCACCAGCACGCGGGUGGUAUCGGUGGUGCUCUAUACCGAGAGAACGGUGAAGGAAUAUGCACUUCGAUGCCCAAGUAUGGCAAUGGAGAUGAACCUGGAAACGAAGCUGGUUACAUUGUUGGAAUGUCGUCUUGUUAUCCUGCUGAUCCAGUGAAAGUGAGCUAUGGAGAGACAUUGAAGUUGGAGUUUAAUUACAGUAAUGAAGUUGGUCAUACUGGAGUUAUGGGACUCUUUUAUAUUUUCGUUGCUCAGCAGCUGCCUGAACCAAACAACUCCUUGCCUAAACUUUUUGAGGUACCUGCGAGAAGCUUGAGCUUCUUAGCCAUUUUGGCAGUGACAGUGGUGGUGGCUUUUGUUGUUCUAAUAGCCGCCGUGAUAUACCGAAGACAGAACCAGGAAGAUGGUUACCAAUCACUUAGUACUUAAAAAAAGAGCAAAAACCAUGUCGACUAUAUAUAUUUCUUCGAAGUUCAUUUUGAUAAAAGAAUAUCUUCUUGUCAUCUUCCUCUAAUGUGAUAUCUCUGUAACUGUUGCUGUUGCGUGUAAGAAGAACUUUGUUUUCUCAAAUACAUCACAUUCACAUGA